UCAGGGCACUGGGGGUAUAUUACCCGGGCCGGGAUUAGUGAGGGGGUGUAGUAGGGCAAACGGGCGUCUGAUCUUGUUGUUGUAACUUUCGUGCAAACAACCAACAAGAACGAGUGGUGUCUUGGGCGGCGCUGCUCUGUGAGUAGUGUGAGUAGUGUGACCAAUCAGUCUAUCGACAAUAUGGCGAAAGGUGACGAUGCGGUGAGGAGAAAGAAGAACAAGUCCAACCGCAAGAAGAUGCAAGCCAAUGAUGUCUCUUCCGCUCGAGUCACCUCCAUCAUAGCUUCCAAGCGCCGCCGCAAAGAUGGUAAACGACGCAGAUGCGAGGGGAUGUGCUUCAGCCUCCCGACUCCUGAGGAUCCCUUCAACGAUCGCUUCGACAACCCUCGUGACCCUCGAAAGCUCGUCCCCCAUAACAAGAACAAGAGAUCGCCGCAGCCAAAACUUCAUCAAGACGAAGACCGAGAUAAAGACCACAAGGCCCCUGAUAGUGAUCAGGCUAUCUCCAAGUUCCUUAUCCUCUGCCUGAACGCUAUACAGGACGCUUGGGCGGAGGAGGGCUCUUUUGAUCCCAAUCUGGAUGCGCCUCUCCUUUCCGGCACUUGGGGUUUUCGUCUGUGGAGACGAUGCUCUGCUCCCCAAUCCGAUUUCAUUGACAUCAAUGGAGUCUGUGCCAACAGAGAACAGAUUGCUUGGCUGGUUUCCACAGCUUCUGAUAUCUUCGCUGCCAAGGAGAAGCAAGGACUUACAGUACCUAGCCCCUUCCUACUGUAUCUCGUGCCAUCUCAACAAAAGGCUCUUCAGGUGAGAUCUGUCUGCAAACCACUCAAGGCUCUCGGAAUUCAUACUGUAAGCGUGCAUACUGGUGCCUCAUUGGAUCAUCAAGUCCGCGGUCUGAAGAGCUGUGAUCCCGAGUUCUUAGUAUCUACCCCUGAAAGGCUACUGCAGCUUGUUUCCCAGAGUGCCAUUGACAUAUCAGGCAUAUCCUUUCUGGUUAUUGAUGGACUUAUAAAUCCUCUAGAUACAAGUUCUUUAGAUAAAUUACAAGCUAUCAUAGCAAAAAUAUCCAAAGAACCGCAUGUUGUUGUCUUCACUGAUGGUUGUGGGAAAGUGUCCAUGUCAAUGGCGAGAAAUCUUUUCAAAUCAGCAUUGAACACCAUCCAAUAAGCGAAGUGGAAAACUUCUCACUCUUGGAGAAACGAGGGGAGUGUGUACUGCGGAUGGUUAGGAAUCAAGAAUUGCACUUUUUUUAUGGAUUACGUCUUCUGGUGAAGGAUUUAUUGGAUUUAUUUUGACGAUUCAUUCAUACUUGGUUUCUGGGAUCAGUGCAUGCUUUUUUGAAUCAAGACUCCCUCUCUAUGGCUACGUUCAAUUGAGGUGCUUCCUCUCUAUGGCUACAUUCAAUUGAGGUACUUAAGUAGUCUGUUCAAUGUGCUUUUUCAAUUCAUCAACAAAUUUUGGCCAUCGGGUAAACGUAUAUUUACAUACUUAUGUCCUAAUAUAUCAGUCAUGUAGGCCUUCAUAUGGACAAUUCAAUGACACUUCUUUCCUAUCAACUUCAUAUGGACAAUUCAAUGCCACUUCUUGCCGGUCAACCUCUUUAAUUAACAAAAACUAUAGUGGUGUUGUUUCUCAGCUUGUGAUUUUUAUCGUUGAUGAUCGCUUGAAAAUUAAUCAUUAUUGCCUCUUGGGGGAGAAUAAGAAAUCGUUUUAGUUUGUUGGUAGUAUUUUACCUGUUCACAAUUAUCCAUGAUAUACAGAAAAAAAAAAAA